AUGUCUGAAUCGCCUACCACCAACCCAGAGACACCAGCUGUACCGCUGUCCUCUGAGCCCUCAUCUGCCUUAGAACGGACUACGGCUGCUUUGGAAGUUUCCAGCGCGAAUCAGUCUACUUCCCAGAAAGGCGACAAAGAUCCCUUACCUGCUGCUGCCGCCCCGCCCAUUGCCGUUGAAGGCCAGCAUGUCAACGCCAACAUCAAGAGCACCAAGAAGAAGAAUCUGCGCGAGGAGGACCCAUUAUGGGAGCCGGACCUGCUCACUUAUUUGAAGACUUGGUUCCGGAAUAAGAACGGUGUACGCGGUUCAAGCGCAAUCGUUUCUAAGGCCUCGCGCGCUCGUCUCCCGCAAGCUGCUCCUCAUUGCAAGCCCAACCGCAAGCAGAUUUUCAUGUCGGUUCAAGGCAAUAGCUAUAACAACACUAUAUGGGACACCUAUGAGGAGUGGAAGUUAACCGUGACAAAGGCUGAGAUUGAGAAGACCCCACUCAUCAGGUCUCGUGUCGAACGCACUAAAGCCGAUCUCAAAACGGCCAUGUCUGAGUUAUGGGAGAAGAUCAAGAAAGCAUGGGAGAAGGCGCCUGGGGCAAAGAGCGUGACGAUGGAGGUGAAGCUGGAUUCCAAUGAGGAGAGGGAUCUCGACAAUGAUGCGAAGGAGGAGGCGCUUUGCGUUACCAGAGUAACUCAGCUUGAGGAUAAUAUUAAUCUACUUGAAUGGUUGUACGGCAAAUUGCCGACCCAGCUGCUCAAACAGACCGGCAUGCUGUGCAUUAUGACAUUUGUCAGACCGCACCCAAGCCACGGCGGCAGGUUACAGACAUUCUCCUUUCAUUCUUCACUGUCAAAGGACCCUUGUACCUUCGCCAACACAUAUCCCGAAUACAAGGAGAACAUUUCGAAGCCACUGAUUGAAUUUGCCCGUUCAGUAUUCUCAAAAGAUGCCUGUGAUGCCAUCGCGCUCACAACACCGCAGGGAUCAAGGAACGCGUUGGCAGAGGCGAGCGAGCCCAAUGCCUGGGCCAAAGCGCGUCAUUCUUCUUCCAAGCGCCGCCAUCGCGCAGACCACUCUUCCUCAGAUUCAUCUGGCAAUGAAGGUGAUUUAGAUCCCAAGCUCAAGCGUAUUCUCAAUGGUGAUGGUAGCCCUACGAAGAAGUCAACACACAAGACUGUAUCUGAGCUGAUGAAGAAGAAAUGCAAAUCGGAUGCUGCCAGAGUCACCGUUCAAUCAGCGCCCUCUCACACUCUAUCUGUCAACAAGACCAUAUGCAACAUCCCAGAGCCUGACCCAACACCUGCCUCCACUGCGCCUCGACAGAACGCUUCGCCGCCAGACGCUACGUCUGGCACCCCCUCCCAGCCUUCCAACGGCAGGCCACUACCCAAUCUCAUUGCUGCUGCUGAGAAUGGUGUGUCUAAAUGCUCUUCUCCAUCUGCAUCAGACAACAAAGAUAGUUCUCCAGCAGAGCGAGCAUUUGUCCUCGAGAUCGCGUGGAAGCUGUGUGACCUUAUCAACACCGACACCAUGACAGAAUAG